CAGCAAAAGAUGAUGGAAGCAUUGCUGUUGCCUUGGGCUACACUGCACACUUGGUCUCAAUGAUUUCCUUCUUUCUGCAAGUGCCACUCAGGUAUCCCAUAAUUCACAAAGGUUCCAGAUCUGCAAUCAAAGAUAAUAUCAACGACAAACUGACAGAGAAAGAGCGAGAGUUUCCACUGUAUCCAAAGGGAGGAGAGAGACUUCAAUUUGAUUAUGGAGUUUACCUUCUCAACAAAAAUAUAGCACAGCUUAGAUAUCAACAUGGAUUGGGUACUCCAGACCUAAGGCAAACUCUUCCUAACCUGAAAAACUUUAUGGAGCAUGGGCUAAUGGUCAGAUGUGAUCGGCAUCAUAUUUCUAGUGCAAUUCCAGUUCCAAAGAGACAAAGUUCUACCUUCGGGGGCUUGGAUGUUGGCUUAUCUACUGGGCCUCCUUCCCCAGAUAAGGGACACCGGAAACGGGCCAGCUCAGAGAAUGAAAGACUGCAGUACAAAACCCUCCCUCCUAGUUAUAACUCUGCAUUAGCACAGCCUAUUGCCAUUGCAGCCCCUGUAGAAGAGUCGGAUAAAAAAUCUGGAUCACUAAUCUCAUCCUUAGAUACCUCCAUGGACUUCUCAAAAGAAACCAACAAAAAAGGAGAGGAUUUGUGUGACAGUUUAAAUGUAGAAAAUGGGAGUCUGAAUAAUGUCCAAGACCAGCAGGAGUCUUUCCUGGGACAUACUAGUGCAAUAAAUGGAACAUUUCUGCCUAGUGAAUGCACUGGCAGUGCAAGCAGCGAGCAGCCAUGCGAGUUCCGUCCUCCCCUCAGCACUGAUCUUUGUUGCACUGUUGAGCAAGCAGAGGAAAUAAUUGGGAUGGAAGCAACAGGAUUCAGCACCGGAGAUCAGCUAGAAGCCUUUAACUGCAUCCCGGUGGACCAUGCUGUGGCAGUGGAAUGUGAUGAUCAAGUUCUAGGGGAGUUUGAGGAGUUCUCCCGAAGGAUCUAUGCACUGAACGAAAACAUGUCCAGCUUUCGCAGACCACGCAAAAGUUCGGACAAGUAAGCUUCAACAGGAAUUCGGUAGUGGACAGUACCACGGUGAUAUCAGUGAUCUGAAAUGAAGAUGAAGUUGCACUUAUAAUCCUUUGUGUUAAUUAUGGAAAAAUGAUUAAAGCUGUUCCUUUGGUGUUGGAAAAUGAACUUUGUAACUGAGAGUGAUAACACAGGAUCAUGGUAUAUUCACUGUCCAGGUAAACUUUGACUCUGCUUCCAGUCCUUUCUUUGUCUGGUAUUUAUAAGCUGUUUUUCAGGUACCAGAGUCCAUUCUAAAUACUUUCUUUGAAAGAGAUUUUAGUGCCAAUCAGGCCCUUGUAUGAAUCUUUGUCUGCUUACGUUAUUAUUUAGUUUUAUUUUAUUUUCAUCUUUUGAGGGGAAAAAGUUAAUUUAAAAAUAUAUCUAUGGUAAGACCAGCAGUCAUUAUAUUUUUACCUUCUCCAAUAUACAGUUUCUCUUGAGCAGUGUAGUCAGUGUUACAGAAAUACCAUGAACUCGCUACUUUUGAACAGCCUCUUAUUCAGUUGAAUUUUGCAAUCCUUAAAACUUUAAGAUUGCACCGAUGGGUUUUCUGUUCUUUAAAGCCUGGUAUAAACAUACCAGAGAAACAUGCAUCUUUUUAUAAGCAUCUAAAUGAGAUUCACGCAGUUUCUCUCCCCACGUAAACGAUACCCACACCAAUUCCCUCCCCUCCUACACUCACUGCUACUACCAGCAGGCAAAGUUUCCAGGUGGAAACCUUGAGGGCUAAUUAACUUAACUGUUCUUCAACAGUCAUCUGUUAAUCUAACCAAUGGACACUGCCCCACUCCUGGUUUAGGUUUAAAAUAGAGCUAUUAUACCACAGGCAAAAGCCUAAAAAUGCAUUAUAUUAGCGGGUUCCACCUAUCAUUUGUAGUAUGAGAUGUCUUGCUUUCAGACAUUAAGGUGCUGUGUUGGAUUUCAUGGACACUAUCAAGUAGUCCAGACUAUGUGCAAUCAGUACAUUGGACCUGUUAUGCAGUUUGAUUGUAGAUAGGUAGUUUACCACUGGCACGUGUUUACAACUGCACUAAUGGAAAAACAGAUUUUGCAGCCUGCUCGUGAUUUCCUGGUAUUUGUCUGAGUUCGGAUUUCAUUGCUCUUGCUUUCUAUAUUGUAUACCCAAGAAUUUGGGCUCAGUUGUGAGCUCUCAAAUAUCAAUAUAUAUAUAUAUAUAGCAGAAUAAAAGUUUAAUUUACUUCAUUAUGCCUGAUUUUUCUUUCCCACUUUAGCCUUUCUUUUGAACCAGUAAGCAAGUCUGUUACUUUCUAACCUCACCAUAAGGUUAACCUAAAUUAAUUUAAACUGUGGAUAUGUGUAAUCUAAACAUUGUAGGUUGACAAACCAAUACACUGAGUGUGAGAUACAGUAUAUACAUAGUUGCAGUCUAGUAGCUGCAUUUUCUAUGUAGCACCUUAAUGAGUAUAUUAAAAUCCUAUUUAUAUUUUCAUUAAAAGUUUCAAAAGCUUGUUUAUAACUGCAUUAGUUAACCUAGCCUUUCUACAGCAUUUCAUCUACUUUGAGGAUAUUGCAAGAAACAUUUAAAAACAGGCAUUCAGAAAUUAAGGCCAAGGUAUUAAGCACAUGUCUAACAUCAAGCAUGAACAUAUUCUAUUUAAUUCAGUGGGACUACUCAAAUGCGUAAAGUUGAGCACAUGCUUAAGUACCUUCUGGAAUUGGGCCCCAUCGGCCCUGAAAGAUGGUGCUUCAGUUCUAACAUCAUGAAAAAUUCCUUUGCAUUCCAAAAAAAAAGUGUGUAUUUCCAUAGGGUAACUAACAGCUGUUUUAAAGCACUAUUACUAUGCGUGGGGAAAACUUAAAAAAUAUUUUUUUACUAAACCCUAUGGACAGCAUAAUGAGAGCCAAAUCUGAAUGCCCAGAAUUCCCAUUGAAGUCUCUGUGCUUCAUAUGAGAACAAAGUGGUGGGAUGCUUCGUGCUAAUGACUUCAUCUUAACUUCUCCCUCUCUUCUGCUAGCAGAGAGAAAUAUAGCAGAACCACCUACGACCUCCGGUCUGAGCACCAAUGGCAAUAGGAGUCACUCAUGCACGUUUGAGGGUGGAGCACUUCUACUGAUAUAUACAGUACAUGCAUGAGGAAAGUCAUUAUAUUUGGGAGUACAAUGGAGCCUGUGCUAUGGUUCUCUAAAUCUACCGAAAGAAAAGUUGUAAAAUUAUAUCCCUUACUCAGGCACCAUUUGACUCAAAGCAAUUGGACAAUGUAUUAAAUGGAGGUUCAUAGAACAUCAGUGACUUUACAUACUUUUUGCGUUAUUUUCAAAUUGAUUAUCUCAGGUUCCACACAACCAAAUGAAGCCCAAUAGUUGUCUUCCCACAUGUUGUGUUGCUCUGUUGCUCUUUAACCCGGUGUUUCUGGAGUUUAUAAAAACUCUUCUAAUGAACCACUGUUGACCGCUGUAAUUAUAAUGCUUAUGUCACAGUACAGCUAUUCUUGAGUCUGCAUGUUUGUUGCACAAGUUUGCUUUACCCACUUUCUUCAAUAAUGAAUCCUUUCAGCACACCCACACCGUAAAUUGCCACCACGUUUCUUGGCAGCGUUUUAUAACGUUCUAAAUAGUGUCUUGGGGCUAAUCAAAGCAUUGACAAAUUUAUUUUUGCCAUUAUAAGGCAAAAAUAUUUGCGCAAGCCGCCACCAUGUGGCUUUUUUACAGUUUGCCUUGUAAAUUACUGAAUUAAAAAAAAAUCUGGGGGUGAGGGAGAAUGCAGGUAAACUGUAAAUUCGGAUGAUAUAUCACUGUGCAUUUUAGUUGCCAAGAGCCUUUUAGUUUCUGCACAGCAGACACACUGUUAAGUCUGCAAGCGUUUUCAAGUGAAAAUGUUUCAUUGCAUUUUCUUCCCCCACUAGAAAUUCCUAAGAUUUCUCAGAUUAUUAGUUUUGGAAGAUUUGUGUCCAGCUCUAUUUUUAUAGCAAGCAUAAGUGUGUUGGCUUAUCCUUGCCUAGCCAGGUACUUUAAAUAACUUAAACAAAAUAAAAUAUCCCAUAAUAAAUGGCAUGUUAAAGUUCCAUUGGUAAUUGCAAAAAAAUCUCAGCAUCUGUAUUUAUAAAAUAAAAUUGGUUAGUAUUUAUCUGAA